AUCUCCUCCGAUCCAAAGCAAUGCUUCCCUCCCUCACUCAGCUCAGCUCAGCCUGUAAUAUGUCUUCUGCCACUACUUAUGAGUCCACUUCUAGUGGCCAUAUGUGCGAUAUGGAUCGGUGUGUGGAAAGGACCUCCCUAUCUAUCCGUAAUUUCGGUAGGAGGUUCUAUGGAUGUCAACAGUGGUCGCCGGACUCUGAUCAGGCAUGUAAGUUCUUCAAAUGGUUGGACAAGAACACAUGCCCACGUGGCCGUGCAACAGCACCACUUGUCCAUGAAAGGUUUACCCGAUAUAAGGCCGAGGCCGUAGUUGCAAGAAAUGAAAGGGAUGAAGCUCAUGCAAAGGAAGCAGAAGCACGGGAGCUCCUAAGGAUAGCAAAGCGCAAGGCUGAAAAAAACUAAGCUCGCACUCCAGACUGCUGAAGACAAGGUCUACAAAUAUAGGCUAGCUUUAUUUUUCUCUUGGACUAUGGUUGGCAUUUAUUUUGUAUUCUUUACUGCUUUUAGGGGCCAUGGCCAUACACGACUGUGUCUGCCAUGACCCAUUGACGAUCACGUGUGUAAUGUAAAUAUCUUUCAUAUUUAAGCUUUUUUUUUUUGUUGGAUCAUCUUUUUCUUUUCUUUUUUCAAAGAAGAGUUUGAUCAGCUAUGUAGUUGU